AUGGCGGGGACCGGGAGCGCCGCCGCCGCCGCGCGCGGACUGGCGCGCCCGGGAGCGGGAGCGCGCACCGCGGGGUGGAGGCGGCUGCUGGGCCCCAAGGAGACGCUGAGACUGUUGGAGAGCUCUGUGGUGCACCGAGAAGGAGCUCUGCUGGCGCUGAACAAGCCCCCGGGCCUGCCCGUUCUGGGGCGCCCUGGGGACCUGAGCCUGGAUGUGCUGCUGCCCACACUGAGACGACGCCUGGGCCUCACUGCUGAGCUCCACGUGGUGAAGGCUCCUGCCAGGGAGUAUUCUGGCCUUGUCCUCCUGUCCAGCUGCUACCACACCACUAAGAAACUCCAACAGUUCUUCACCAAUGCUCGCUGGAGAGGCCAGUACCCUGCCACAUAUCAUGCUGUCACCGUGGGAGUCCCGGCGGAGAUGGAGGGUGAGAUCUGCACUGGGCUGCGCUGGCAGCAGCAGGAGGACAGAGCCAUGGUGGUGCCAGUGCCAGCCCCAGGACGCCGCAGCCUGGCCAGGAAGGAUGUGAAGAGCACCCUGACACGCUACCGGGUGCUGAGCGCCGUGGGGGGCUGUGCCCUCCUCCAGCUCCAGCCCAGGACAGCCUUUCCAGAACAGCUCCAGGUGCACCUGGCAUUGCUGCUGUGCCCGGCCCUGGGUGACCACAAGCACUCUUCCCAUGUGGGCAGGGUGCUGGGAGUGCCCUUCUUUCUGACCCCUGAGACCACCCCAAGCCGCACACAGGUACUGGACGAGGAGUUGCUGUCCCGGCUGGCUCUUUCUCCACGGCAACUCCAUCACCUCCCACUCCACAUCCACCUGCAGGAGUUAAUUCUGCCUGAGGGCCCCCUCUGUGCCCCUCCACCACCCUACUUUCUGCACACUCUGCGCUGUUUGGGGCUGCCUGAGCCCUAGGAGCCCUAGUGCUGCAGGGGGGACACCCACUCCACCCUCUGCCACCCUAUUAAAAUCCCCCCCUGCUGCC